AUCACAGUAGUGACGCUCUUCCUCUCGCGCCUGCCGCAGCCUAAUGAACCUCGCCUCUUGCUGCGGUCUCACAACAAAACAAAAGGCCUUAAAAUUCGCGACAUAUGUUCAAAAGAGAUAGAUCACCACAACCAGAAUGACGGAGACGACUAAAACGCAUGUCAUUUUGCUGUCAUGUGGAAGCUUCAACCCCAUCACGAGGGGACACAUUCACAUGUUUGAAAAAGCCAGAGACUACCUACACAAGACUGGACGAUUCAUAGUGAUUGGGGGUAUCAUCUCACCAGUACAUGAUUCCUAUAGCAAACCGGGCCUUGUCUCUAGCAGACAUCGUCUCACCAUGUGUCAGCUGGCAGUUCAGUCUUCUGAUUGGAUCAGAGUGGAUCCUUGGGAGUGCUACCAGGACACCUGGCAGACCACUUGCAGUGUUUUGGAGCAUCACCGAGACCUAAUGAAGAGAGUCACAGGGUGCAUUCUGUCCAACGUGAACACACCUUCCACAACCCCUGUGAUUGGCCAGCCCCAAAAUGAAACUUCUACUAUUUACCAAAACACAGCUAACAAGUCUGUGGCUAUUAAGCUUUGGGGAAAGAUGAGCGAAAGCCUGGGAAAAAUUUGCUGUGUUCGCCCACACAUGGAGCGUUUUACCUUUGUUGACGAAAAUGCCAACCUUGGUACUGCAAUGCGCUAUGAGGAAAUUGAGUUGCGUAUCCUGCUCCUUUGUGGCAGUGAUCUCCUGGAAUCUUUCUGCAUCCCUGGCUUGUGGAACGAAAGUGAUAUGGAAGUGAUUGUGGGGGAUUUCGGGAUAGUGGUGGUUCCUCGGGAUGGAGUUGACACAGAAAGGAUAAUGAACCAUUCAUCUGUGCUUCGAAAACAUAAGGACAGUAUAAUCGUGGUUAAGGAUGAAAUCGACCACCCGAUGUCAGUCGUCAGUUCGACUAAGAGCAGACUGGCUCUUCAGCACGGCGACGGUCACGUGGUGGAUUACCUGAGCCAGCCCGUCAUCGACUACAUCCUGCAGAGUCAGCUCUACAUCAAUGCUUCUGGAUAGGGUGGAGAAGUCCACUUCCGAGCCGUCAGUCAUCCCUGUCUGUCUCUCUCUGUGUAAUCUAGAGUAUAAUCCUCCUGUGCUACCACUGCUUUUCCAUGUAGAGGAGCAUUAAUCUGUCCUCCGCUCUUACUCGUGUCUCACUGGGAUGUACAGCACUGUGCCUGAGGGAUCUGCUCCACCAAUCAGCUUUAAGGGACUGGGUGGGCUUAGGUGCCCAUUAGGAGGAAGAGGAGAGAGCCUCGCUGCCACUAUGACAGAGAAAGAGUGUUUUUGAUUGAAUUAGAUAAUUCAUUGCCUGCUAUAAUGUCAGUCUUUGUUGUUGAUUUAAUGCUCUCUGUUCUUGUAGUUGCAUGCCUAAGGGUUUCCUUUCAGCGCACGAGUGUUUAAAAUACCACGUAGACCGUAGUCUGUGGUUACAGUGUUUUAAAAAAAAAAAACUAUGCUUAGACUCAUCUCAUCUCUAACUACAUUUUCUACUCAUCCAUCAACUGUAUGUACAGAGAACAUCUCAUAUACUGUAUUAUGCCUCAGUGUUUUGUCUUCAAUGUGCAUUCAUGUAUACGUGGAGUAUUUGGUUGCACAUUAAAGAAUGCGAUUUCAUUGACUUUGCUUUCGUGCACAUUUACUUCUCCACAGCUCCUUUUUGCUCGACAUUAACUUGCUAACAUGUCACACAUGUGAUGUCUAGUAAACUGCCUGUGCAUCAAACCAUUAGUUUCAGGAUGAGAUCCCUUGCACUUUUGCUUGUUUUGUGAAGAGAUGCAAAAAAAAAAUCUAUGCUUUUGAACUCUUUUUAAAGUUGGAACAUUCUUUAAAUGAUUCAAUUAUGAUUUGAGCUGACAUGAAAUGUCAAUCUGCUGCACAUCUAACACAACCUUUAUAAAUGAAUCAAAGUGUAUUUGAUGAGAAGAAUAACAGAUUCAGCGAAUUAUGUAUAUUGUGCAUAACUGCUUUUGUGAGUUUAUGGGAGGCUCCGGCUUUACAAUAUGAAGAUAUGAAGAAGACUUCAAUAUAUUACUGUGAUUAUUGUUUUUCAUAUGAUAAUGCUCUAAGUCUCAGGUAAAAAAUUGUUUGAUUUUGAUCAUUUUAACCAGAGACUUUUCAUAAAUGAAACUAGUAGCCCAGAAUGGUAAUCUUCAAAAAUGUAAAGCCUAUUAAAAUAUUAAGAUUGUAACUGUAACCACUUCAGUCCCAGCGUUUACUAGGUUUAUUGCACCUGCUGUUGGUUAUGUUCAUUGUCACAUACAUUAAAUGAUAAAUAUAACACCCCCAUUUUAUAAUAUACAGAGAACUAUUAAACACACUGAUACCUCACUGCUUGUAUCAACAUAAAUGCAUGAUUUGUUUUCCAUUUUCAUUGAGCAAUCACUAUAGCAACUAGCAUAUCAGGAAUCAUUAGAUUUUCUCUCAAUGUAACAUCAUAAAGAAUAUUUUUUUUUUCAUGGUUUUGGUAUGCUGCAUUCUUCUGUAGUGCUAAAACCCUCAACUCUUCCUUGCGUUCUUCAUGCCUUUUUUUCAAAAUCACAAGCAACAGAAAUAGAUAUUGUUGAUGAUAUUGUCUGUUUCUUGUAUUUGUAUUGCCCUCUUGCUUUUGAAUUGAUAAUAGAGAUAAAUCUCCUUGUAUGCAUAUAAAACACCAUGUAACAUAAGUUCUGUUUUUGAGAUGCUAAACUGUAGAUUAAUUUUAGAUGUCAAUAUUAUUCAUUUUUUAGUUGUUGUCUAUGGUGUAAAGCAUGAGUAAGUGUGUCUGUGUAAUGUCUUACAAUACAUGAAUAUAUUUCUACUUUAUAGUGGCUAUUUAAUAAGCAUUCAAAAACUGAAAAAGUAUGUUGCCAUGAAAAUAACUCAUGCCCUUGAUGACAAUACUGAAUUUAAUAAAACAGAACAGAACAAAAAAGAA